AUGGUCCGUCGUAUCGCCCAGAUAGUCCACCUCAAGCCCUCCUCCAUCGAGGCCUACAGGAGAUGUCACGCAGCCGUCUGGCCCGAAGUCCUCCAACAGAUUCAAGACUGCAACAUUACGGAUUACUCGAUAUUCUUCGAUAAUGAUCGGACGAUUUUUGCUACAUUCAAGUGGGUUGGGAACGAUUGGGAGAGCGAUAUGAAGCGGAUGAGCGAGAAUCCGAAAGUGAGGGAAUGGUGGGCUAUGACGGAUGGGAUGCAGGAGAGUCCUAUCUCCGGUGCCCUGAGCAGUGCAGAAGGCCCCGGGUGGUGGAAGGUAUUGGAGGAGGUGUUCCAUAUGGAUUAA